UGGAGCCCAUUGCAUUGUCCAGAUGUGUUGUGUCCAGUUAGGUAACACGGACGAAGAGAGAAAGUGAGAGAGAGAUAGAGUCCACAAGACGAAGGAAGAAGAAAAGAAGGCAAGAAAAAAGGAAACAAAGGACAGAAGAAAUAUGAGGACCACAUUUGUCCUUCUCCUCGUUCUUCUGCUCCAGCGGUGUGGACAUGGUGAGACUCCAGAGGAGGAUUCUCUUCCUAGUGGACCUGCAGGCAAACACAAAGGAUCAAAACCCGGAGUAAAGCCAGGCCCUCCUCCACAGCCUCCCAAAAAAGUCCCUGAUCCCCAGCCCAAGAAAUCUGACCAUGAUCGUUUGUCUCCGGAGUGUCUGAAUGAGAAGUACACACGCCUGUCCUGUUCUAAAGUGUUCUGCCCGCCGUGGAGGCGCUGCAUCAACGGGAAGUGUAUCUGUAAACUGCCCUAUCAGUGUCCACGCCUGGGCAGAGCUGUCUGUGGACUGAAUGGACAGUCCUACAUCUCCUUCUGUCAGGCACAAGCUGUCGCCUGCAAAAGAAACACAGCGGCGUUCUCUCACUAUAGAGAGAACCUAUGGCAGAACUGUGAUGAAGAUGCUUUUGAGGUGGAGCUAAAGAAAUCCGGUGAUCGAGAGGUGGUUCACGUGGAAACUGAAAAAGGAGAAGCUCUGAUUUGUGGAGCUAAAUCGUGGGACAUGGCUGCAGCUAAUGUUAUCUGUCGCAGCCUGAAAGCAGAAGCCAGAGGUGCAGCUUCUGCUCAGAAGAUAACAGCUAAGGAUCUGGAGGUUGGCCAUCAAUGGCCAUCUCAGUGCAUAAGUGUGAGCUGCACAGGAUCUGAGUACUCUCUAGCUGAAUGUACCAUCUAUAAGCCUCAGAAUGUGGAGGAGGAUACUCAGAUUGCUGCCUUAACCUGCUACAAGAAACCCCAAGAUGAUGACGAGUGUCCGGAGUUCCGCUGUGUGAAUGAGAAGUGUAUUUUGUGGAAACACACCUGUGAUGGUGUUGAUCACUGUGGAGAUAACAGCGAUGAGAUGUGCUGCAAAGAGUGCCAGAGUGAGGCGUUCCACUGUAAGUCUGGAGUGUGUAUUCCGGGCCACGCUGUUCGGGAUGGGAUCAAAGACUGUCUUGGAGGAGACGAUGAAGUCCCCCCCGCUGUAGUGGGACCUGCUGAAACUAAGCCUGUGUGGUGGAGCCAAAAGGAUGAUAUCCUGCAGGCUCGUAACCACACUGAGAGUCAGCUGGAAUGUGGGAUUCCGAACUUUGAUUAUGUCUACAGGAUGGAGGAGGAAAACCGACCGAUGCGCAGAAAACGGGUGGUGGGAGGACAGAAGGCCUUACCGUGGCAGUUCCAGUGGCAGGUGGCGGUGAAAGAGAAGGGCAAGUUCCACUGUGGGGGGGUGUACCUGGGGGGCUGCUGGGUUCUGACCGCUGCCCACUGUGUCAGGCCAAAACCUGAGUCAUUCCAGAUAUGGUUCUCUCUGUGGAAGAGGCAUUCUCUGCUAAGCACGACAGACGUCGCUGCAGUGAAGAACAUCAUCAUCCAUAAAGAUUACAACCCGCGCACCUACCAGAACGACAUCGCACUGGUGCAGCUGGAGGAGUUAGGGCAGUCGAAAGAGUGUUUACACCCCAACCCUGCAGUUCGGGCCGUGUGUGUGCCGUGGUCCACUCUGCAGUUCGAGGAUGGAGACACCUGCACCAUCUCCGGCUGGGGAGGAAACAAAGAAGGAAUCAGUACAGAUGUUCUGAAAUGGGCCAAUGUGACAAUUAUUGGAAACUGCAAGAAGCAUUAUAAUGAGAGGUUCUUGGAUGGAAUGGAGUGUGCAGGUAAUGUGGACUCAUGUCAGGGCAACUCCGGGGUUCCGCUGGUGUGUAAGGACGCCAGCGGGCUGUCGUACGUGUGGGGCAUCGUGAGCUGGGGGGAGAAGUGUGGGGAGGCUGGUUACCCUGGCGUUUACACUAAAGUGGCCCACUAUUUCGAAUGGAUCCGCUUCCACACCGGCUGGCCUGCGAUCACGAAGUACAACCAGUGAGGAAGAAUAGAACUUAGCUCUGCUUUAGGCAUACAGGCAUACACAGUAAAUAGAUGGACAUGUAGUUUGCUUUAGUAAGUUAUGAGGUUAUUUACUUCUGUGGGUGCUUGUUUUAGGAUGGAAUGCUGUUUAUUAACUCUGUAUAAAGAACUUCCUUUGUUUCCAUUAAAAUGUUUACAGAACAACUAA